GUGUUUAUGAACCUGACAGAAUUUAACCAGUCGGAUCGCUGUGAGCAUUUCUCCUGUCCAGAGAGAUCUGUAUCUCCUGCUGUUUAUAUCUUACUGUACAUAUGUUCAUCUGCUAUAGUUCUGCUAACAGUGUGUGGAAAUCUGCUUGUCAUUAUUUCAGUUUUUCACUUUAAACAGCUUCACACAGCAACUAACACAUUUGUGCUCUCUCUUGCUGUGUCAGAUUUCCUUGCUGGCAUUUUUGUAAUGCCGCCAAUGCUCAUCUGGACUAUUGAGUCAUGCUGGAUUUUUGGAAAUUUUUUUUGCACCAUCUACUGGUUCAUUAGUGGCAUCUUUACUAUAUCAACCUAUACUAUUGCUCAGAUCGCUGUGGACCGGUAUUUGGUUCUCUCAAACCCCUUUCUCUACAUAAACAUUGUCUCUCUGAGAAUCACUCGUGUUGUAGUUAUUUUAAACUGGUGUGUAGUUCUGGUCUAUGUCUUAGUUGUUUUACAUUUUAAUGGAAACUUCACAAACUCUGUAAUGUGUCUUGGGGAGUGUUUUCUGUCUCUGAAUGAGGUUUGGUCUGUAAUUGAUCUGGUUUAUUCAUUUACAUUUCCACUCUCUGUCAUAAUCAUAUUGUAUACUCGAGUUUUUGUGAUUGCCAAGAAACAUGCCACUGCUAUCAGAGAGCUUAACAAUCACACACGGCCUAAAACACAGAAAAUCACAUCAUACUCAAUGAAAUCUGAGAGAAAAGCAGCUAAAGUCCUUGGCAUUGUAGUGUUUGUGUUUAUAAUGUGUUUACUUCCAUAUUUUAUUUACAGUUUAUUGGGCAAUGUUAUUGAACAACAGAGAGAAACAUAUCAGAAAAUCUCAAUCUUGGUUUGUCUAAACUCCACCAUUAAUCCAGUUAUUUAUGCUCUGUUUUACCCGUGGUUUAGGAGGUGUAUUAAAUUAAUUAUAAGUCAGCGAAUUUUCAAAACAAACUCUGCAUUUAUCAAUGUACUUUCUUAA